AUGGAGAUUAAAUUGGUACAAGAAACCGCUCGAGUCAGUGCUGCCGAAGAUCGCCUGGCUGCAGAAAUAGAGACUCGAGCUUCCUUGGAAGAGCGAAUUCAGUCCCUGCAAUGUCGCUACGAAUUAGUUUUGGGCGAUACACUUCCGCCACUUUCGACCCACACCACAUCACGUAUGGACCGUGAUCAACCUUCACCUAUUAAUUCUGAAAACCUUUCGAUUAAUCUGGCUCAUGAAGAAGCUCAAGUGCCACUUCCGACCAAUAAUUCUGUGCCACCGCACACCCAACGGUUGUCAGCACCGACACAAAACACACCACCACCGCAGGUAUCAGGUUCAUCUCCAGGACUAGCUCUAUCUCAAAAUUUAGCUGCAGACCCAAGUUUUCCAUCGCCAGCUUCAAGUCCUGUCCUCAUACCUCCAGUGCUAGCGCCACAUACGGAACUCCGGAUCAAGGAAGUCAAGUGUGAGAUGUUUACCGGCAAGGAUAAAUACCCUGGUCUUGGGGGCGGCUUUGAUCUUUUUAUGCGCAAAUUUGAACAAGCCAUUCUAAGUUAA